AUGCGGUACUCUCUUCUUGUCUCAGGCGGGCUUCUCGCCCUCGCGUCGGCCGCGUCUGUCCCGUCGUCGGAGAAGAAGUCGUACGACGGAUACAAGGUCGUUCGCCUGACGGUCGGUGAGCACGUCGCCAAGGUCCAAAACAUCGUCGACAGACUCGGCCUCACAACAUGGAAGGGAAAGCCCCGCGCCAACGCUGACGCCGACAUUGUGGUUCCGCCCUCCCUGAUCGGUGCUUUUGAGGCCGAGAUUGCCGGCAUGAAGGCGGUCACCAUGCACGACGACUUGGGCGCAUCAAUCGCCGACGAAGCAUCAUUCAGUGUCUAUGCCGGUAUCGAACACCUGCAGUUCUUGGAUGAUCUCCAUUCCCAGUAUCUGAACCAGUCACAGGUGGUCUCGGCUGGAAACUCGCUGAAGGGGAACGCCAUUACCGGCAUUCACUUCUGGGGCAAGGCCGGCAAAGGCAAGCCCGCCGUUGUGUUCCACGGCACCGUUCACGCGCGGGAGUGGAUCUCUACCAUGGCUCAGGUCGUCGAAUACCUGGCAUUCAACUUGCUGACCACCUCCGACAAUGCCGAAGUCGCAGGCUUCCUCGACAAAUACGACUUUAUUUUCUUCCCGGUAGUCAACCCUGACGGCUUUAUUUACACGCAGGAGUCGGACCGCAUGUGGCGCAAGAACCGACAGACCACGUCCGGCAGCAGCUGCAUCGGGCACGACAUCAACCGCAACUGGCCGUACAAGUGGUCCACCAGCGGGGGUGCCUCCAGCAACCCCUGCGCCGAGGAUUUCAAGGGCAAAGCCGAAGGAGAUGCUCCCGAGACGGUCGUGUUGGCCGACUGGCUAAAGAAGACCCAGGCAGCACAGGGCGUCAAGCUCUUCAUCGACUGGCACGCCUACUCGCAGCUGCUGAUGACCCCUUACGGCUACUCGUGCACCGCCCUGGCGCCCAAGAACGACGAGCUGCAGUCCCUGGCACGGGGCGCCGCGGCCGCCAUCAAGGCCGUCAACGGCGUGAGCUUCACCACGGGGACCCAUCUGCUCCACCAUCUACAAGGGCGAGCGGGCAGCAGCGUCGACUAUGUCAACGACGUCACGGGUGCCUGA